GUCUCCCCUGCGUGUCCCAGCUCCUGCGAUGCACGACAUCUUCCAAGCCUUCGUCUGCACCGCCAGAGGCUCCGCGGCUGUCGUCACCGACCGUCUUCACAGACGCCAACGCUGACGACGGUUCGCUUCCAACCAUGCAGGUCUUCGUUGAGCAGAUGUUCAGCGGAGUGCGCCUGAUACUAAGCUUGGACGGCAUUGGUCUCGACGUGGAGGCUAAGCUGGAUCAAGCUUGGGAGAUUCUAACCCUGGUCUUUAACGGCGUGGAGAAGACAAUCCUCCUGGGUGGCAUACGCCAUGUCUCCGUGUACAAAAACUCUGGGCCACUGCGGAGACUGGAGCAGCUGGAUUCUUCUGGAGAUCCUACGCCCUUUUGGGCUGUGCGUCUUGAGCUUCAGGACGACCGAUUCUGUGAGUUCAGCUUCUCUUCGCAAAGCGACGCCCGCUACUUCGGCAGCUGCCUACAGCUCCUGAUUGAGGCCGCACGCUUCAAGGAUGUGAAGAGGGACCUGGAUCCUCGCUUCAAUUCUGCUUCAGCCGAGGAGGCGGAUGCAGCCGCAGGGGCGCUGACGACUCGAUCAGUGGCGCCUGGCCCUCCACACCCUGCUGCCGAGCUGGCGCAGGAUCCAGAGGCUUUUGCAGCUGCCCUGACACGUGCCUUGGAGGAAGGAGAAUUUCCAGAGUCUGUAGCACCUGAGUCUCUUAUGUCUCUCGAUGCUGAAUUACCAUCAGACAUUUCACCCUGA